AUGUCCAUUCUUUACUAGGAUUAUAAUUUGAAGGAGUUAGUGAUCAUAGUUUGCUGCACAUUCCAGUGGACACGUCCUUGCUUUUUGUAAUCAGAAAUUAUUAAUUAGUUAUAUUUAAGCGGUGACACAAAAUAUGCUUAACUUUUAAAUAGCUACAGAAAACUUUUUCUGUUGUAGUAAGGGACAUUGACUGCAGUUGUGGAAAGUGUUAGGAGACCAUGCUUUGUCUUUGGACACACCUGGAUUCCAGAUCAGACUUUUGCACUAUUAGCUUGUGACUCUGGGCAAAGUACUUAACUUUUUUGGGCCUUAGUUUCCAUCUUUAAGGGUAUUCUAAUAGCACUUAUCUUAUAGGGCUGUUGUAGGAUUAAAUGAGAUAAUAUAAAGUGCUUACCACAUUGUCCAACACAUAACAAACACAUACUUAGGAAGUGUUACCUGUUGAUGUACAUGUCUAAUAAUAAUAGCUUUCAAAGAAUACAUAAAUAGAUGUCUGUUGUUAGUGUUUUAAGGGAUUUUAAAUCUUGUUUUUAGAUAAGUUUUUUUUUUAAAUAUACAUCAUAUCAUUUACUAAUUCAAAGAACAUUUAUUUUUUACUUACUCCCAUUUUCCUGUAUUCAGAUAGAAAAUUUAACUAAAUCAGAUCAGCAUUCUUUCCUCCUUAGGAAGUGACUCUUGCCCAGGGGUAGUGGUGUCAGGUUGAAAGACUUGGUUGAUUCUGUGCAAUGAAAAUUGUGUUCAGGCUGUUUCUUGGCUACCUUUGAAUUGUGUGGUGUUGGGAUUUGAGAUUACAUUGGGAUUGGAUGGGUUCUUGGGGUUCUUUACAUACUUGCAGGCAUUCCCUUUACAUUAGCAUGGUCACUAGAUUGAUAAAGAGGUUUAAAUGUCAGCCCGCAUUUCAGAAGGGGAAAAAAAAUAUAAAACAAACCCACUAACAGAUUUCUAGAGCAUAAUCAAGUUGAUGGUCCCUGACUUACUGUGGUUCAAUUUAAAGUUUUUCAAUUUUAUGAUGGUGCAAAAAUGAUAAUGUAUUCAGUAGACACCAUAUUUUGAAUUUUGAUCUUUUCCUAGGCAGUGAUCUGUACAUUUCUCCGUCACAGUGCUGGGCAGUGGCAGCAAGCUGUAGCUCCCAGACAGCCAUGCUACCAUGAGGGUAAACAACCAAUAAACUUAAAACUGUUCUGGACCCAUACAGCCAUUCUGUUUUUCAUUCUCAGUACAACAUUCAACAUAUUAUGUUAGAUAUUCGACGCUUUCUUGUAAAGUAGGCAGGCUUGUGUUAUAUGGUUUUGCUCAACUGUAGGCUAAUGUAGGUGUUCUGAGCAUGUUUAAGGUAGGCUAGGCUAAGCUAUGAUAUUCAAUAGGUUAAGGUGUAUUAAAUGCAUUUUUGACUUAAAAUUUCAACUUACAAUGGGUUUAUUAGGAUGUAACACCAUCGCUAAGUCGAGGAUGAUUUGUGCAUAAUCAGUGUUUGAGAGGGCAUAAACUCUCCCAGUUCACAGAGAAUGUGAGAAUAAGAGCACUCGUAAUUUCCACUUAAUGAUCGAGAGUGUGAUUAAAAUAGAGUACUCCUCUUUACUGCUCCCUAGGGGUUUACUGAUAAUCAGUUUUCCAUGGUGGUUUAACCAAUAGUAAAAUGAAUGGAACCAGGUUCCUUUAGCUAGCCUUCUAUAUUAGUUGGCAUCGACUUUGACAGGUUGGCAGGUGGCAGGUUUUGAGAUUAAGACAUUAGUCCUUUAUUACCACUUUACCUGGAAGUGAGCUCAGGUUUUCAUUGCUGGGGGUUGGUGUUUCCUUUCUCAAAUUCUGAAACUUCCUUUGCAUCUGAGAAUGACAUCUUUUUGGCUUCUUGGAGCCUCUGGUAGAUAGUUCCUUACAAGGAACUGACACAAUUUGAAGAGGUAGUUUAGAAUAGUAUUUGCAAGGUAGAACAUUUAGUCUAAGGCUGUUAGUUACUGGAUUCCUAUCCUCCCCACAUUUUGUAUGUUUUAUGAAUUGAAAGGCUAGUAUGAAUUUGGAGGUCUUGACCUCUACUUGAAUAAGUAUAGUACUUCUCUUAGGGUUCUGAGGUCCAUAAGGUGGAGUUUAUCUACAAAGGCAAAUACUUCUAUGGAUAUAAACAAAAUUUUCCACUUAGCAACCUCCAUUUUCAGGCAGCUCCAUUAUGUCCUUGGCUUCUGGACUGUAGGAAAACUGUUCAAUUUAAUUCAUACUUUCCCUCUGAAAUGUAUUUAAUCUGAUGUGGGUAGAUCCCCCCCCCCCCCCACCACUGCAGAGGGGCCAGCUUGGUCCCAGGAGAAAUUGCCCAGCCACUGAGAGUACCUCUUGUAGCUUCUUGCCCUGUAUCCUAGAAUCCUGCCUGAAAUGGUAGAAAUGCUGCUGGACCCUGGGUAGAGUAAAUGGGUGAGAGAGAGUAUGCUUGCACUGUGAUUUAAUUUACUAUGGACCCCACUCCAAGUUCUUCAAAUAAGCUUGGGUUUUCUACUCUGUCUCUGCCAUUGCCACCUUGUCUUAUGGGAGUGUAACCUAAAGCAAAUUCUGGACAAGUGGAAAUAGGCAUCAACUUUAGUUCCUGAGAAAUGCCUGGCAAUGAUGUUGAGGCCUAGCCUUCACCAUAGAAUUUAAUUUAAUUCAUCAUUAUACAUUUCUUAUUCUUUACGAGCUGGACUCUGGGGGCUAGGCUACUGAACUACGUAGACAGAGACUGUCAAGUACCAUAGUUAUUUUGAAGACUCACUUUUCGGGAGAGUUUUCUAGUUGUAUGAACUCACAGAAUUGUGGAAGGUAUAGUCUCUCCAUUGGCAAUGAGUUGGGUUGAUGCUACUGUUGGUUCCACUCCUGAGCUGACACCCAUCGUAAUUCUCACUCUGAAGUGUACAGACUGUCUUAUUUACCUGUGCCUGAAUGUCUGCAUUCGGGUAGAGGCUACCUAAUCACAGACCGCUGGGUUGUUUGUUUGCCACAGGCCCAGGGAAGAAUAGGAUGUGGGGGAAGUCUGUGCUGAACUCAGGAUGGAAUCCUGUAUGAGAGAGAAUUAUGCUACAUUUUCGGUUGAAAUUUGGACCCUGAUUCCCAAGAAAAAUAUUAGGUCAGUUAAUAUUUCUUGUUGAGGCCCACAAAAGACAUUGCAUCUCUAACAAAGUAUUCCCCCAUCCAAAAGAGAGAUCCUGACUUGGCAUAUAGAACUACUGCCACUUGCGUUUAUCUUUCAUCACUUGCCUGAAUUUGAAAAGGUAAUGGUUUGUGCUCUAAGGAAAGAUACUCUUCCCUGAGACCUGAGGCUUUCUCAUUCCUACCAACUGGGCCCAUUGCUAAAAUGCUUUCCAGUGGGCUUGCUUCUGCCUGGCUAGCACCUGGGCUGCCCCAGCUUGUAAUUAGCCUGCCUUUGCUUCAUAAGCUUCCCAGGGUGGUUCUUCUUCUAAAAGCUUGUAUGAAAUGCUAUUUACUGUCUCUUUAUAUCUUUAUAGUUUAAAAAUGAAUCCUUUUUGUUCUUUGCAACUCAUUUGCUUUUUUCUUUUCUUUAAAUUACUAUUAACACCUGUUGAUUCUUUUUUUUCUGCUUGGCCUGUCACUGCAUUCCUGCUCCCCCUCCCUCUAGCUGGGUUUGUCAAGUCGCCCAUGUCAGAAACUAAGCUCACUGGGGACGCCUUUGAGCUGUACUGUGACGUGGUCGGGAGCCCCACGCCAGAGAUCCAGUGGUGGUACGCAGAAGUCAACCGGGCAGAGUCUUUCAGACAGCUGUGGGACGGUGCUCGGAAGCGCCGUGUCACCGUAAACACCGCCUACGGGUCAAACGGCGUGAGUGUGCUGAGAAUAACCCGGCUCACCUUGGAGGACUCUGGGACUUACGAGUGCAGGGCCAGCAACGACCCCAAGAGGAAUGACUUGAGGCAAAACCCCUCCAUAACAUGGAUUCGAGCCCAGGCCACCAUAAGCGUCCUUCAGAAGCCACGGAUUGUCACCAGUGAAGAGGUCAUUCUUCGAGACAGCCCUGUUCUCCCCGUCACUCUGCAGUGUAACCUCACUUCCAGCUCUCACACCCUUACAUACAGCUACUGGACAAAGAAUGGGGUAGAGCUGACUGCCACUCGCAAGAAUGCCAGCAACAUGGAAUACAGGAUCAAUAAGCCGAGAGCUGAGGAUUCAGGCGAAUACCACUGUGUAUAUCACUUUGUCAGUGCUCCUAAAGCAAAUGCCACCAUUGAAGUGAAAGCUGCUCCUGACAUCACUGGCCACAAACGGAGCGAGAACAAGAAUGAAGGGCAAGAUGCCAUGAUGUAUUGCAAAUCAGUUGGCUACCCGCACCCAGAGUGGAUCUGGCGCAAGAAGGAGAAUGGUAUGCCCAUGGACAUUGUCAAUACCUCUGGCCGCUUCUUCAUCAUCAACAAGGAAAAUUAUACUGAGCUGAACAUCGUGAAUCUCCAGAUCACAGAAGACCCUGGCGAGUAUGAAUGUAAUGCUACCAACUCCAUUGGCUCUGCCUCCGUUGUCACCAUCCUCAGGGUACGGAGCCACCUGGCCCCACUCUGGCCUUUUUUGGGAAUUCUGGCUGAAAUCAUCAUCUUGGUGGUGAUCAUUGUUGUGUAUGAGAAGAGGAAGAGGCCAGAUGAAGUUCCUGAUGACGAUGAACCAGCUGGGCCAAUGAAAACCAACUCUACCAACAAUCACAAAGAUAAAAACUUGCGCCAGAGAAACACAAAUUAAAUACUGCUUAUAAUAUCUUUAGGUUCCUGAAACUGGUGGCAACAUGAUCUGCUAAAUUUUCUGCUUGGACCUCUUUGGUUCUCUCCCCUUUUAAGUGAGCAGCACCACAAAUGACUGUCUAAAGCAUGCCUUAUUUAGCCUUUCCUGUAAGGGUGAUCUAGUCAGGUACAUUUUAAACAAUGCUUCAGUGUAGAAGGUGUAAACUAUUUGGGGCUUGAUGUGCUGUGAAUGUUGCUUUUUUUCCCCCCUUUGUUAAAAUAUUUAAGUAGAAGUGAAAAGGUCCUCUGAGGAUCGGAUCAUGCAUGCGCCAUUUUUUACUUAAUGCAGCUGUUAAAAUUGGCAAAGCUCUAAAAUGCACUGCUGCCAUCUAGUGAUAACAUUUUUGUAAAGUACAGCAAAACCUACAGAUAUAUACAGUAUAUAAAUAUAUAUAUAUAUAUAUUUAUAUUUUUGGGGGUGGGAGAAAUCCAAAAUAAAAUAAAUGCUUGUUUCAUUUUUUAGCUGCUGAUAUUCAUUCCUUACUGUAUGUUGUCAGAUGAGGAGAUUGUGCAGUUCUGGUACAUAAAGAUGAGUAAUAUAAACUGAAAUCUAUAAUUUUAAGGGCUUAACCUAUGACUUUGAUAAAAAGCUGGAACACUCCACUGAAUGGAUAUAUUGAAUUGCAGUAUAUAUGUAUGAUUGCUUUUGAAGUGAUUAUUUUUUCUUCUGUUAAAUCAUGUAAAUUCUUAAAUCCUUUUGCACUGUUGUGUUGAACCUUAUUGUACAUUCAAUUAAGGCAAACUUUUAUAAUUUACCUUUUGUUUUCAAUGACCUUGAAAUGUUAUAGCAUGGUAUUCUAUGCAACUAGUUAUCCUCUGGGGUUGACACUGUAUUUUUCACAUUGAUUUAAAACAGUUGAGUGUAGAUUUUCUCACCCGGCAGGGUUCUCAUGCGGUGUGUAACCGUAGAUGCAUGUACUUGUGUUCUGUGUAAGUGUUGAAGUGCAAUGAUGUAUAAAAAAGUGGAUUCACUGUUUUUAAAAAUAAAACAUUGAUAAAAGGUG